GCAGCAGCGGCGGCGGCGGGGGACGGGGAGGAAGGCGGCGGCCGCCGCCCUACGCGUCUCCACCAAUCAGAGACAGGCACCGAGACGAUAAAGGGGCGCUGACGAUACGCGGCCCUCCACUCAGCUCUGUCCGCUGCUGGAGGAACAGAUACACCGUCCGUAAGGCUUCGUAACACUGCCUUUGGUGGUUUAUCUGAACCUCAGUUCGUGACCUUCAAACAGCAAUCAUGCGCGAAUGCAUCUCCGUCCACGUCGGCCAGGCCGGUGUCCAGAUGGGCAACGCCUGCUGGGAGCUCUACUGCCUCGAGCACGGCAUCCAGCCCGACGGCAAGGUUCCCACCGACAAGACCAUGGGAGACAGCGAUGACUCCUUCAGCACCUUCUUCGCCGAGACCGGUGCCGGCAAGCACGUGCCGCGCGCCGUGUUCGUCGACCUGGAGCCGUCUGUGGUGGACGAGGUGCGCACGGGCGCCUACCGCCAGCUCUUCCACCCGGAGCAGCUCAUCUCCGGCAAGGAGGAUGCCGCCAACAACUACGCCCGCGGCCACUACACCAUCGGCAAGGAGAUCGUCGACCUGGUGUUGGACCGCAUCAGGAAGCUGGCCGACCAGUGCACCGGUCUGCAGGGCUUCCUGAUCUUCCACUCGUUCGGCGGCGGCACCGGCUCCGGCUUCACCUCUCUGCUGAUGGAGCGUCUCAGCGUCGACUACGGCAAGAAGUCGAAGCUGGAGUUCGCCAUCUACCCGGCGCCGCAGGUGGCCACGGCCGUGGUGGAGCCGUACAACUCCAUCCUGACCACCCACACCACCCUGGAGCACUCGGACUGCGCCUUCAUGGUCGACAACGAGGCCAUCUACGACAUCUGCCGCCGCAACCUGGACAUCGAGCGCCCGUCCUACGCCAACCUGAACCGUAUGAUCGGCCAGAUCGUCUCCUCCAUCACGGCCUCGCUGCGCUUCGACGGCGCCCUGAACGUAGACCUGACCGAGUUCCAGACCAACCUGGUGCCCUACCCGCGUAUCCACUUCCCGCUGGUCACCUACGCUCCCGUCAUCUCGGCGGAAAAGUCUCAGCAUGAGCAGCUGUCCGUUGCUGAGAUCACCAACGCCUGUUUCGAGCCGGCCAACCAGAUGGUCAAGUGCGACCCGCGCCACGGCAAGUACAUGGCCUGCUGCAUGCUGUACCGCGGAGACGUCGUCCCCAAGGACGUCAACGCCGCCAUCGCCACCAUCAAGACCAAGCGCAGCAUCCAGUUCGUCGACUGGUGUCCGACCGGCUUCAAGGUGGGCAUCAACUACCAGCCGCCGACCGUGGUGCCCGGCGGCGACCUGGCCAAGGUGCAGCGCGCUGUCUGCAUGCUGUCCAACACCACCGCCAUCGCCGAGGCCUGGGCGCGCCUGGACCACAAGUUCGACCUGAUGUACGCCAAGCGCGCCUUCGUGCACUGGUACGUCGGCGAGGGCAUGGAGGAGGGCGAGUUCUCCGAGGCCCGCGAGGAUCUGGCUGCCCUCGAGAAGGACUACGAGGAGGUCGGCAUCGACUCGGCUGAGGGUGAAGACGAAGACGAGGAGUACUAAGCGCUUGACAGAAAAAGAAAAGACAAGCAUGGCUGGAGCAGGAGGCAAGAAAGCGGGUCGGAUAUUCAGUCUAACUCCGCAGUCUCUAACAAAUGCUCAGAUUAUACUUUUUCGUUUGCAUGGAGUCGGGGACCAAUCUGACUGGAACGAACUGAAUAAAAUGCUCUGAAUCAGAGGAAAUACAAAACAGCAACAAA